AUGACUGUCAAUACUCAAAGCCAUGCGGCAACACCAGCUUCUAAAGAGGAGAAAGAGCGAAUCGAGACUUUAAGACAAAAAUUACUGGAGAACUUACCGAAUGGGAUUCCCACCGAUCUGGACACUGAUCUCAAUUUGUUGCGAUGGAUUCGAGGCUAUCAAGAGAAUUUCGAUUCAAUUACUCAAAACUUUGUAAAGUAUGUGAGUUCACGAAAAGCUGCCGGUUUUUCAGAUGCCGAUCUACCAGAGAAAUUCUUCGAAAUGCCAAAAAUCGCUUCAUAUCUUCCUUUCAUUGCUUCAUCUCGUUUACAAGAUCAACAAUGGCUUGAAGAAAAUAAUGCUUUUCUUUUCGUUGAGAGAUCCUGGAAUCAACCGAAAGAGUUCAUCAAGUCAAUGAAAACGUCGGAUUAUUUAUUUCAUUGUUUUGGUUAUUCAGAAAUGCUUUUACAAUUGAUAUUAAGACGAGAAGCAAAGCAAACCCAGAACAAGGGACCAAUUCAAUUCAUUGUUAUCUUUGAUUUAUCUUCGAUUAAUAUUAUGGAUUAUUUAAAUCCAUUGAGCGGUCAUAUGAAACUCUGGCAGUUACGGUCUCAACUCUGGCAAGAAUGGUACCCGGAAAUGGUUCAACGCAUUUACCUCGUCCAUCCACCGCGAGCACUCGGUUUACUCUGGAAAUUGGCAAAACUUUUUCUUAAUGAAAGAAAUGCUCGUCUAAUCGAAGUGAUCUCAGAUCUUAAAGAGCUCACACAAAAGCAUUUACCCAAAUGGUUUGUACCGAAAGAAUUUGGAGGUGAUUUUGUGAAUACGAUGAUGCCAGGAGAUUCGAGUGGAGUGAGUGUGAGGAGGAAGAUUUUAAACGAAGAUCAUUACACCGUAAAUCGACAUUAUUCUGGUAAAAAAGUUGAGAGAUUAAAGCCGAAAAAGAAGGAUCUUUCCACGGGCGAGCAAUUUAUUGUUCCGGUUGCCAUUUCUGAAAACGAAUCGAUUCUUUGGGAUCUUACGAUCAGUGGUGAUAUUGACUUUUGUGUUUAUCGGAAUCAGGAUCACAAUGAUCUCGUCUAUCCACAUUUUCAUUUGAUUUCUAGCCGCUUGCCUGAAGAGGGAAUGUUUGAAUGUUUGGAUGCGGGCGAGUACAACUUUUGUUUUCACAAUCGGAGCGACUAUUUCGCUGUCAAAUUGGAGUAUUCGAUUUCAAUUGAAAAAGCAAAA